AUGCCAGCGGAGAAGAUGAAAGCGCUGGGAGGCAAGGAGCGAGCAGAGGAAGCACGGAUCCGUGCCAAGAACCAGCAGGAAGAAAGCAGAGAGCGUGCGAUGAAAAGAAGAGAAGAGAUUCAGCAGAAGCAAAGGCAAGCCAGAGAGAGAGGAAGGACGGAAGCGCAGGUGGGAGAUUUUGUCAAGCAUUGCGAGGCACAGAAGAACAUCGCCAUGGUGUCCUGGCAGAAGACGUUUUCUGAGCUGUCAGACCAGAUGACGGCUGAGGACAAGAAGCAAGAGGUUCUGCUGGGAGCACAAGGCCAGAUGGCUCUUCAGAAGCUCUUUCGGCCCCCGACUCUGCACACCAUGGGGUACGUGAGGGCUGGCCACGUGCCCAAAGAAAUUCGACAGCUCUUGCUCAGUCAUUUGAACAAACAUCGGAGCAGGUCAUUCGUUGCGGCUUUCAACCCACUUCUUGGCAAUCAGCGGAAAGCGAAGGCACUGCCGCUGCUUCCCGAGUGGACGAAAAAGGGUGGCUUCAUUGACAACCUGCUGCGUCCCAUUCUGGAAAAAGCCUCAGGCAAAAAAAUGGAGCUUGUCGAAGUCGGUGCCAGCCUGCAAAUCUACGAGGAGGGUGCUUCUCUCAUGCAGCAUGUGGACAGUCCAGAAACUCCGAUCACAGUGGCCAUGCCUUUGGAGGCUAACGGAGCAGGAUCUAGCUGGCACUUGCAGAUCGGGGAUCCGCAGGGCCAUAAGCACCGUCCAAUACCUCUUCAGCCAGGUCAGCUUCUGAUCUACGAAGGAGCCAGGCUUGCACAUGGAAGGGCCGGUCAACUGCCACAUGGAGAUUUGACGAUGGCAUUUGCAUACUAUCGCCCCAAGGCUAAUUACGAGGCCAAACGCAUUCAGCGAACUCUGGAUCAGCUGCUGGCAUCUCACAAUGCUGCACAACGAGGCCCGUCGAAGCCACCACCACCGAAGCCGCGAAAAAAAAAUGAAGAAUUUCGCAAAAUGGACGAGCUGUAG